CGAAACGACUUAUUGUAAAACCCUUUCCAAGUUGAAGCCUUUUGCUCAGUCUGUGCGAGUCUUGGAGUCUGAAAGAUGUGGGCAAGUGCAGAAGGAGGGUCUCCGGAGGUCACUCUAGAAACCUCCAUGGGCGCUUUCACUGUUGAGCUUUACUACAAACACGCACCAAGGACUUGCAGAAACUUCAUUGAGCUCUCUCGCAGAGGUUAUUAUGACAAUGUCAAAUUCCACAGAAUCAUCAAGGAUUUUAUAGUGCAAGGUGGAGAUCCCACCGGGACAGGAAGGGGUGGAGAAUCCAUUUAUGGUGCAAAGUUUGAGGAUGAGAUAAGAACAGAGUUGAAGCAUACUGGAGCUGGCAUCUUAUCUAUGGCGAAUGCUGGUCCAAAUACAAAUGGAAGCCAGUUCUUUAUCACGCUGGCGCCAUGCCCAUCACUGGAUGGAAAGCACACAAUAUUUGGAAGAGUGUGCAAAGGAAUGGAAAUCAUCAAAAGACUCGGCAGUGUCCAAACUGAUAAUAAUGAUAGGCCGGUGCAUGAUGUGAAGAUACUGCGGACAUCUGUUAAAGAUUAGACGUUGCAAAGCUGCUAUCAGAGAUAAAAAGCCAAAGAGCUGCAACAAGUUAAUUGGAUAUUUGUAUUAACUCAGAACUAGGAUGAUCAAUGUAUUUCAGUUUCUUGCAAGGAUACUAAGAGUGAAAAAUUCUGGAUUUAAACCUUAUAUGGAACCUCACGAAUUUUGCUGAUAUUUCUUAAACUGUUUGAAAAAUGUCCCCGACUUGAAUUUUA